UCUAGGUGAGUGUGUAAAAGAGUGCAUUUGAGAAUCCAAAUAACUUACAGUAAGAAACUAGAAUAAGCUUUCAGUGCUUUGGUUUUCUCUCUCACUCAAACACACAACAAUGGCGGCAAGUGGUGCAGCUCCCAAUUUGGAAGAUGUGCCCUCCGUGGAUCUCAUGUCGGAGCUCCUCCGCCGCAUGAAGUGUGCUUCCAAGCCCGACAAGCGCCUCAUUCUCAUCGGUCCACCUGGGUCAGGAAAGGGCACACAGUCACCAAUUAUAAAGGAUGAGUACUGCUUGUGCCACUUGGCUACAGGUGAUAUGCUAAGGGCAGCAGUGGCAGCUAAAACUCCACUGGGUGUCAAGGCAAAAGAAGCUAUGGAUAAGGGAGAGCUUGUAUCUGAUGACUUGGUUGUUGGCAUUAUAGACGAAGCAAUGAAGAAACCAUCUUGUCAAAAAGGUUUCAUUCUUGAUGGUUUUCCAAGGACUGUAGUUCAAGCACAAAAGCUUGAUGAGAUGCUAGAAAAGCGGGGAGGCAAAGUAGAUAAAGUGCUCAAUUUUGCCAUUGAUGAUGCAAUCUUAGAGGAGCGAAUUACCGGUAGAUGGAUACACCCAUCCAGUGGCAGAACAUACCAUACAAAAUAUGCUCCUCCUAAAACUCCUGGAGUUGAUGAUAUUACUGGCGAACCUCUUAUUCAACGCAAGGAUGAUACUGCAGCUGUUCUUAAAUCAAGAUUGGAAGCAUUCCAUAAACAAACCGAACCAGUUAUUGAUUACUAUGCAAAGAAGGGCAUGGUUGCUAAUCUUCGUGCCGAGAAGCCUCCAAAAGAGGUGACAGCUGAAGUUGAGAAGGUGCUUUCUUCUUAGGGAUCCUAUUGAGCAUGAUAUAUAAUUGUUUUGCCGUUAAAAACUUAUUUUUGCUAAUUUUGUAUUUUAAAAUAUUUUCUAAAACUCUAACCUUUCACCUUUUUUACUCAUUUAUUUUGGAAAAAAAUCGAAUACGGCUAUUGUCAAACUCAAAUCAAGAGAGUUACAUUUUACUUGGAUGAAAUAAAGUUUAAUUAACCGUGACUAUUCUGGAUAUUUUUAUGGAACCAAUUCAGUGGUUUUGCAUGAUUUUUUUGUUUUUGAACGUUAGUGUUGCUUGAAUGUUAUCUG